CUGAAGAGGAGGAGCCGCUGAUAGAGGAGGUGCAGGAGGAGGAGUCAGGGGGCGUCCCCGAACAGGAAGCGGGACAGACGGUCGUCACGGAGACGGAUGGGAAGGCCACACAGUCUGAGAGCAAGAACGGGAGGAGGACCGAGGGAGGAGGAGCAGGAGGAGACGCAGCAGCAGCAGCAGCAGGAGGAGGAGGAGCAGCCAAGUACUCCAUGUUCACCUGGUUCGUGGUGCUGGCUCUGCUGGGCGUCUGGAGCUCGGUGGCCGUGCUCUACUUCGACGUGGUGGACUACGACAGCGUGCUGGCCAGAGCGAAGGAGUUUCGUAUGAACUUUUCAGAGGUUCUUCAAGGUAAACUGGCGGCGUACGACGCAGACGGAGACGGCGACUUCGAUGUGGAGGACGCCAAAGUUCUGCUCGGCCUGAAAGCAACACAGACUCCAGACGUGGGAGCUCCAGGUCAGAAGGAACCAGGAGAGGAACCGGGAGAGGGGGGAACAGAACGUGACGAGUCUAAAAGAACAAGUCCAGAGCCUGCCGAGUCUUCAGCCACCGAGUCCACACCAGCACCAGAGACCCAGACUGAAGGCUCCAAACCAGUCUCUGGAUCUCAGGACGUGGAGACUGAAAUCCAAGCUGCCGUCCCUCUGCCUCCGUUUGUGGAAGACAGCUUUGUUCCAGAUGAUCCUCGAGACAGCGCCAACCCUUACGAAGAAGAGCCAGACUCCAUCGACACCACAGGAGCUCUGGUGGAGGAACCCUCGUCCAGCGAGACUGAAGUGGCGUCAGAUCAAGUCCUCACCAGCUCCAGACUCACCCAGGAAGCAGAAGAAGAAACUCAACCUGAAGCUCAAGAAGAGGCAAAAUCAGAGACAGAGGCUGAGAAUGAAGCAGUAGAAAAACUGUCUGAGGAGAAACAAAGUGAGGAGAAGCAAUCUGAGGAGAAACAACUAGAAAAAGCCAAGAAGAAGAAACCGAAGCUUCUGAACAAACUGGACAAAACCAUCAAAGCAGAAAUCGACGCGGCCGAGAAGCUCCGCAAGAAGGGGAAGGUGGAGGAGGCUUUGAGGGGGUUCGAGGCUCUGGUGCAGCAGCAUCCACUGAGCCCCCGCGCACGCUACGGCAAGGCUCAGUCGGAGGACGACCUGGCUGAGAAGCUGCGCAGUAAUGAUCUCCUUCAAAAAGCCAUCAACAGCUACAGAGAAGCUGCAGAACUCCCAGAAGCAACGUCAGACCUCCUGAGAGCGGCUCUGAAGAGACGAGCCGAGAGGCAGCAGUUCCUGGGCCGGAUGCGAGGGUCCCUGAUGACUCUGGAGAAGCUGGUCCAGAUCUUCCCAGAAGACAUCGGUCUGAAGAACGACCUGGGCGUCGCCCACCUGUUGCUAGGAGACAACAAGGGCGCCAAGAAGGUCUAUGAGGAGGUUCUGGAGGUCGCCCCUAGCAACGGGUUCGCCAAAGUGCACUACGGCUUCAUCCUGAAGUCGGACAACCAGAUCGCAGAGAGCAUACCGUACCUGAAGGAGGGUCUGGAGUCCGGAGAACCGGGAACCGACGACGGGAGGUUCUACUUCCACCUGGGAGACGCUCUGCAGCGGGUCGGAGACGACAGCGCGUAUUACUGGUACGAGUUGGGUCACAAGCGCGGCCACUUUGCGUCGGUGUGGCAGCGGUCGCUCUACAACGUGGACGGGCUGAAGGCCCAGCCCUGGUGGACGCCCAAAGAGACGGGAUACACCGACCUGGUCAAGAUGCUGGAGAGGAACUGGAAGACGAUCCGGGACGAGGCUCUGGCUGUGAUCGACCAGAAAACGGGACUGUUCGUCCCCGAGGAGGAGAACCUGAGAGAGAAAGGAGAGUGGGGCCAGUACACUCUGUGGCAGCAAGGGAGAAAAGUUGGGAAUUCAUGUCAGGGAGCUCCGAAGACGUGUUCGCUGCUGGAGAGGUUUCCUGAAGCUACCGGCUGCAAGAGAGGACAGAUUAAGUUCUCGGUCAUGCAGCCUGGGACUCACGUCUGGCCUCACACCGGACCCACCAACUGCAGGCUGAGGAUGCACCUCGGCCUCGUCAUCCCCAAGCACGGCUGCAGGAUCCGCUGCACCAACCAGACCAGGACGUGGGAGGAAGGCAAGGUCCUCAUCUUCGACGACUCCUUCGAGCACGAGGUCUGGCAGGACGCCGACAGCUACCGCCUCAUCUUCAUCGUGGACGUGUGGCACCCGGAGCUGACGCAGUACCAGCGCCAGACCCUCAGCCCCAUCUAGACCAGCAGGGCCGGGCGGAGGAUCGGACCGGGGAGGCUGCUGUUCUUCUUCUUCUUCUGUGGUAAACGUGCUGAGAACACUGCGAGGAGGUUCGGAGAAGAAGCAGACGUCUGACGGACAGACGGACUGGCGAUUUUUGUUAAACUACUAAAAGUAUGGAAGGCUCUGACGUCAGAAUGAAGGAUGUACGUUUGUGAUACUACUGAUUGGACCAUAAACUGAACUCACCCGGUACUUCUGUAAAGGUACGGCAUGGAACCCACCCUCAGCUGAACACCUUUAAUUUAUUUUCGCAAAAACGGACCAUUUGAUCCAACCGUUUAGUUCUUCUUCUUCUUGCACCAACGUGAUUCAGAUAAACAUGAAUAUGAGCAUUAGCUGCUUUAGCUUCAUGCUACAGCUAACGGAUAUUUAGUAUCACUGAGCGUCGAACAGCUGAUGCUAACUGUUAGCAUUAGCGUUACAGUGAUGUUUCCUGUCUGAUUAGACCUCAGUGGGUGGAGGGGACCGCGGGGAACCAGUCGUUUUUCUACCCCAGCCUUGCAGUACCAUUUUGAACCACAAGGACGUUAGAAGUAAUUCACGUCCACACGUUGUACCUUUCAGCCUCGUUCAGAACGACUUCAUGUUCAGAGUGAGCCAGAACUCGGCUCGGCUCGGUGGUCAACGGGGAAAUGCCAAAAGAACGCUGAAUCAGCUCCGCCAAGCCUUAACGGAACAGCACCACUAUGCAUUCACUCAGUUUCUCUCAUCACUUUUGCACAGAAAGAAAUGUAACACAAAUGUAACACAAAAAGAUUUAUAUUUAUAUUAAAAAAUUCAAAAAUGAUGGAAAAAAUAGCAA